GCGCUGUCGCAGACACCGAACGUUGCUGUUAAUUUCUAAUCCGCAAGUCGAGCGCACCGCGUGCCCGGCUGUUUCUGACGGGACAAUUUACGUGAAUUUAUCAGCCGUCCCACGAUUUAUCGUGACCACGCGACAGAUAAAUGAGAUAUCAUAUCGCCUGAACAGUUUAUUAUAAUCAUCUUCACGUCACGAUUUUAUUUGCCGAUUGUUUAGUAAACAUUGUUGUCGUAUAGAUUAAAUCGUUGUAUCAUUCGAAUCGUUUGGCGAUCGACGACGGUUCGUCGCGAAAAUUUUCGCAUCAAAAUAUUUGUAUUGUAUUUUCGUGAAGGGGAGAAGACAAUUAAAUCGGAGCUGAAAUUGCAUAAAGUUUAUCGUCUGGAUUUUCGAAAUGGUGCGUCAACAACAGUUUGUGGCCCUGUGUUUGGUGUUCGCGGUUCUGGUGUACGACAACCACGGUUACGUGUCGAACCGGAGAGUGAAAAACCAAAGACCGGGUAUCCGUAGCUAUUCUGACGACGACAAGAAUAUUGGCGGCACCGAAAUAAAUGUAUGCGCGCUCGAACAGAAGACCACCAUAAACUUGUACUGUUACUGCGACGACUCCAAGCCUUACGCAGCCACGUCGGCCGACUGUUGGGUGUUCAACGACGGCGAGCCUCGCGAAUCGGCUGUGUGGCGUGAGUUCGGGUCGCAGUCCAACGUGACCAAGUUGACGUUCAACGUGCGCGGCACCACGUCGAAAACGCUGUCGUUCGUGCCCACCGAGGCGUUGGCCCGGAUGCCCGAGCUCCGGACGCUCGAGAUCGUGUACGCUGCCAUCGGCACGGUACACUCGCACGCGUUCGCCAACCUGUCCCGAUUGCAGGACCUAGCUCUGGUCCGAAACAACAUCGUGCAGCUGGCUCGGGACUCUAUCGCGUACAUGGAGGACCUGCGCGUGGUUACGCUCGGUGACAACGCCAUCGAGAGCAUCAGCAACGAUGUGUUCGCCCGGUUGCCCGCGCUCAGAAAGUUGUACAUGGACCGGAACAACAUCAGUUAUAUUGCUGAGGGGGCGUUCGAGCAGUUGCGGAAACUGGAGGAGCUCGACCUGUCCGACAACAGGUUGACGGGAUCGUUGUCCAGGUACGUGUUCCUCGGACUAGUGUCCGUAAAGCGGUUGGAUAUGCGAGCAAACCAUUUGGAUCGGGUGGGCCCGGACGCGUUCGCCGAGUUGGUGUGCCUCGAGGAGCUCGUGCUCGAGGACAACCUCAUAAAGACGAUCGACGGCAGAGGAUUUUCUGGACUGCCCAGUCUCCAUAGACUGAACUUGGCGGAGAACCGGUUGACCGUGCUUGACGACCGCACGUUCCACAGACUUGAAAAGCUCAAGUUCAUCGACAUCAGAUACAACAACCUAAAAACGCUCACAUUUGGCACUGUGGAACCGAUAUUGGGACGGCUCCGGAACUCAACGUUCUUUUUCCAUUUCAAAGGUAACAAGUUCGAAUGCGACUGCAGCCUGCUGUGGAUGAACCGACUGGCCAUCGAGACGAACAACGAACAAGUGGCACGCGAGCUGUCGACCGCGCAGUGUCAGAUGAACGACACGGCCGACGGUGACGUUGACUUGGCCGAUUUGAAAGUGACUGGCCCGAAGAACGGUUACAACAGCGGCGGCGGCGGCGGCGUUGGUGGCUACGGCGCGAACAAGGUGGACGCCGAGACGGCCGCGGACAAAGCGGAAAAAACGGUCGGCGGCAGCGGAGAAAUGGGCGUGGCCGAUGGAUUGCCAAUGCCGUUCGACGAUACGCAGCUGAUCGCCGUCAGAUCGUUGAACGAGGACACGUGCCCGGGCAAAGAGCAGCCGCUCGUGGACAGGGCGCCGGACGCGGCCCAAAAUUCGGAUCGCGUGCUCUGGCAAUCGACCCAGUCAUCGGCGACGGCCACUGCUCUGCCGGCGCCACUGUGUCUGUCGUUUCUGCCCGUCCUCACCACCGUCUUCGCUAUCAUUCGUCCGCGUCACUCUUAGGCCAACAACGCGUGUCUAGCGAUGAUGAUGAUGAUGAUGAUGAUAAUAAUAAUAAUAUAACUUACAUACUUACGUUUUAUAUAAUUAUAUUUAAGUGUGUGCGAGUGUGUCUGUGCGCGUUUGCGGGUGUACGGGGUGGCCAAACGUCAAACACGAAAUAUACUAUCGAUAUAAACACAUUAACUAUUUAUACGAAUGCACUGUCAUCGUGAUUUAUAUAGCCGUUGUAUAGUGUCAUAAAUGAAAUGAUAUCCCUUCUCUAUUUUCAAACAAAUUUAUAUCGAUUUUCAAAUCACUCGAAAUUUCCCAUUACUUAUCUAUUAUCCACUAAAUCUACGUGUUUGUGAUAUGUCGGGGAAAAUGCAAUUUUCCAAUAAAACAUUGACUCCGCCGUAACACACCGUACAGUAUUAUAGGCACGUUUACUCACGAAAACAACAUUAUGAUAUUAUUAUACAGGUGGUUACUGAACACGAAUUUAUUGCUUAUUUUCGAACCACAUCCCGCGUUUUUUUUUUACGCACACGAUUUAAAGAAAAUCACAAUAUUCCUUGUCUUGCACCGCAACAAAACAUAACGAUUAUUAAAAUAAUAUUAUAUAAUAAACAUGUAUAACUGCAAAUAAUUUUAUCGACAAGUGAUAAAAUAAUAUCAAAGAGAUUAACGCGGCCCCAAUUUAAUAUUUAAUAGAAAACUAUUCGACGAGCCUGAUGGUGGUGAAUCGGACGUGCGGCUACCCUAAAUUAUAUGUAAACAUAUUAUAUAGAUGUAAUAAUAUUUUAAAUACAUGAUAUAGAUUUAGACAUAGAUGAGUAUAAUACAUGUUAACGAUGAAAAUCAAAAUCACUAUUAUUGUUAUUAUUAUUAUUAUUUAUUCGUGUUGUCGUAAUAAUAAUAUUUUUUCGUCUCCAUAACAUUAUAUUAUCGUCUGUGGUUUUUGCAUAAUACACAUAAUAUAUAAUUCUUAUAUAAUUGCAACAAUAAGAUUAUAAUGCUACAUUCGUAAAUAUUAAUCCGCUCGAUCCAUUAUUGUAUUUCAAUUCAAGCACGCACAAUAGAAUUAUAAUGUGUAAUGAUAAUGACUAAAUGAUGACUUAUAUACCAAAAUACAUUGACAACCGAUGACGUUACGAAAAGGAAACGUCUGGGCCCAGAGGUCACAGCUUAUACACCUACUCACAUUUAAAUAAAAAUAAAAAUAAACGACGUAAAUCGCGUGUAAAUCUACGUAGACCGCUUAAAUUGUAAAAAAAAAAAAAAAAAGCACCGAUAACGAUUAACGAUUUAAACAUGUUAAACACAAUAUAACUAUAUAUACCUGUAUAUUGUAUAUAUAUAUAUGUAAAUGAUCAAACGUGUCUUUCGACGGUCGGCAGUCGGCGGUCGUUUGUAAUAUUAAUAUCAUUACACGGCCCCGUUAACAUAAUAAUACUCGAUCCGGAAAACGGGUGAUAAGAAAAAAAUUGUGAUUUUUUUUUUACGAAGCGGAUUUAUCAUAUUUCCCGAGGGUCUAGAACGAGAUUGUGUGUUAAUAUUAUAUAGUAUACGCGGAUAAAAGCUGCUAUAAUAUAUGUAUAUUAUGCAAUAUUGUCUUAUCAGGUUUAUUUUCCCAGUCGAAAACCCUAGAACGGACCACUGCCGUCCACCGACUGCGCUGCACUGUUCUUCGAGCGCGCGAUGCCGCGACGAAAUCCAAUACAGUACGCUGCAACAAUAAUAGCGAAACGCGAUUCGAGUACGAAAAAAUGUCCCGUCACGUCAUAAUAUUAUUAUUCCGAUCGGUAAAAGCGCACGCGCACAACUUACAAUAAUAUUAUAUGUGUAUAUAAUUUAAUAUACCUGCAGUGUGGCUGGGAAUUCACUUUGCAGAGGAGUGGGCACUGAUAAUACUUGGCGUAGAGAAAUCUUGACUAGGAUCCCUCCUUAGUUCUGUCGAAUCAUAAUGAUAUAAUAAUAUGUUGAACUGUGCGAAUAAAUAACAUUUUUAACGUUUGCACCAAUACACAUUCACACAGAUUAACGUGGACAUAAUUCGUCUUACGUAAACGUACGUACCCGAACACUGAGAGAAUUUUUUAAUUUUCGGGGAGAGCUGGAGCCUCCUCACUCUUUCCUCGCUGAUAGGUACGCGCGUUUUCGAAAUGUGCUAGUGAGAUGUGACAACGUCACGGAAUGAAACCGCGGAUGUGCACCGUCAUACGACGGAACUCGUGUUGUAUUGCACAACUGCAGUCGUCCAGAGAUAAAGUACGCGGGUAUUGUUGUAUAAUAUUACGUAUAUCAUGUUUGCCGUCUACAACGGUGCAUCACAUUGUUAAGUAUAUAUGUAAUAAUAUUUCAUUCAUUCAUUCUACAGCUGUUUUUUCUUACUCUCUCUCUCUCUUUAAUAAAUCUGUUGUCAAAGCAUGCACUUUCUUCGGUAUUGCAGCAAUAUUAAUCGUGUAAAUUAUAUUAUUAUUAUAAACGUAAAAUUUCGCGCCCGGUUCGAUAUUUCCAAUUCUUUUUUCGCGAAACUUUUCACUUUGUCUUUAACUCGUGUUUGUUUUAAAAUUAAUGUUUAAAUAUCCGAAAUCAUGAAACUAUUAUAUUACGAUGAUCGCAAAGCUCUAGAAUAUAACUUAUAGAAUAUUUUUUAUAAAAAAAAAAAAAGUAAAAAAACAUUAAUAAAUCCAUUCCUUCGAUUUUAAUAAUAUACAUAAAUAAACAGAUAUAAUAUGUUAUAUUAUAUAAUUACGUUUUGUUGAAUACACAAUAUUAUUUAAUUUAACGUCGUUCUUAAUAAACUAUAUAAUACUAUACUAUUAUGUACGGUAGAAAAAACCAAAUUUGAAUUUUAAAUAUCCAUAUAUUACACGACAUCAAUGUACUAUAUUAUAAUUAUUAUAACUGUGUUAUUUUUUAAUUAUUUUAAGUUGUGUUAUUAUUAGAGAUUUCUUCUCAUUUAUUCAUAACUAUAUAAUAUAUACCUAAAUUAUUAUUUAUUGUAAUUAUGAAUAGAUAACUGUAUUCGUAUUUUAGUCUACCGAUAUAAUAUUUGUAUGUGAAUAUCGCCAUUAUGCGCGGACUUAUUUGUAAAUAUUUUUCCUUCGUAUAGUUGUAAUUAUCAGUUAUUUAUAAGGCCACACAUUAUAAUAUAUGUCAUAUAUCGCGUGUAAAACGUACUAUUAUAUUGUGUAUUAUAUUAUAAUGUUUUAUUCAUUCACCGACCUAUAAUAUUUUAUUAUUUUGAACUCGUGCAUGUACACUGUACAGUGUACGAAAAAUUAGAACAAAACGGACACGUCGAAAUCACUGAAAAUUAAAAGUUGAAAAUAGAAACGUAUAUAUAUAUUAAGUUAGAGUAUUAAGUUUCCAAAACACGUAAUGACUAUUAUUAAACCUAUCCUAAAAACUUAAUACCUGUUAAAACCAAUCUUCGUUUUGUAUCAAAUAAAAACCGUAUUAUAUAUUA